AUGCCAAUGUAUGAUGCCUAUUUGGGAGCAUAUAGUCAAGAGCCUAAAUUUUGCAAGCUUUCCGGUUGCAUCACACACUAUACGUUGGCUAGGUGUUUGAAAAACCAACUGAUUUUAAAAGCCGAUUCCAAUGUUUCGGUCUAUUCAAUUCCGGCCAUUUGUUGCUCCAUCUAUUCGAUGGAGCUUGAAAAGGGCCUUUCAAAUACUUUCGAUGCAUCACAUCGCGAUUAUAUUGCAUUUCCGAACCUUUCUCUGCGGCUUUCUGGGUAUUUGCCGGGAAAGUCGCGGUCCGAAAUCACUGCCAUUCAUUUGGACACCUUUAAGUUUAUCCAACAUCUGCUGGACACUGUCUAUCUGUCAGGUAUGGCAUUUGCUUCUUCUUCAUGUUAG